UCGUAGCAUCUGAUUGGUGAAACUUGCGUCGGACGCGCUCGCGUGCACGAGGAGCAUGUCUGUGGAGCAAAUGUGUUGUUAUUGCGCUUUCAAAGUAAAGGUGACCGUCAGACCUCCCAGGAUGUAUCGACAUCGACAGACACAUGUACGGGCUUAAUUCUGAACCAUACGGGAGCCGUCUUGAUUGACUCUGGCGCACAGGUGUUGAGUCACGCGCAGAUCGCUUCUGAUGAACAGUGACUGCAUGCAAUGUGCGGGAAAUGUGAUCGUGGACUGUCUGAGGUGACUCAUACUAGUUCACAGUGGAGCUGGACUGCACACCCGGACAUCAUUAUGAGGAUGAUCAUGGUGCCGGCGACGCAUUUCAGAGAGGAAGCGCAACUUAUUUUUUCGUCCUGCGCCAUGUAACUUUGGCACCGAUAUGUUCACCAGAAUAAAUCGACAGUUUGGACUCAUUUGACGCACCGACAGUCUCCUCAUUUAAAUUUCAUUUGAUCCUGUUCGACGUAAGCACGUGCAGUCCUCGCAAGGAUGCCUGGUGUCCCGGGUCUGUACAUUGGGAUGGAGGUGCUCAUCGCCCUUUCCUCUGUCAUUGGGAAUGUGAUGGUGGUCUGGGCUGUGAGAAUCAACCGAUCUCUACGAGACACGACCAUUUAUUUCAUCGUCAGUCUCGCUCUGGCAGACAUUGCUGUCGGGGCACUGGUCAUUCCUCUGGCUAUAACCAUAAGCAUCGGACUGAAGACUCAUUUUUACAGCUGUCUGCUCGUUGCGUGUACUGUACUGGUGCUAACGCAAAGUUCAAUACUCGCCCUCCUGGCUAUUGCUAUUGACCGCUAUCUGAGGGUCAAGAUACCAAUGAGCUAUAAAAGAGUGGUGACUCCAAAGCGUGCUGGCAUCGCAGUGAUGGCAUGCUGGAUGGUGGCUAUCGUAGUCGGCCUGACGCCCAUGUUGGGCUGGAACAAUCUGGAGAAGCUACGCCAGACCAACAGCACCUUGGGUGCCGACCUUCUCAUAAUCUGUGAGUUCGAGAACGUCAUCAGUAUGGAGUACAUGGUCUACUUCAACUUCUUCGGAUGGGUGCUGCCACCGCUCGUCCUCAUGUUGCUCAUCUACGCUGAGAUCUUCUACAUGAUCCACAAGCAGCUCACCAAGAAGAUCACCACCAACCAGACCGACCCCACUCGAUAUUACGGGAAAGAACUCAAGCUGGCGAAAUCUCUCGCGCUGGUGCUCUUCUUGUUUGCAGUCAGCUGGUUGCCGUUGCAUAUCCUGAACUGCAUCACUCUCUUCUGCCCUAGUUGUGACUAUUCAAUGUGCCUUCUUUACGUGGCUAUCUUGCUCAGUCAUGCCAACUCCGCCGUCAAUCCCAUCGUUUAUGCAUUCCGCAUUACGAAAUUCCGGAAUGCUUUCGUUAAGAUCUGGAAACAGUAUGUGUGUUGCACGGAGGAGCCACGUCUGGGUGAUCGCCCUGGCUUUCGCAUAGAUAGCAAAGAGAGAAGACUACGAGACAAUGACAUCUGACACUAGGCUAACCAGGUCUCCUCUAUGAGAAGCACUUUUUAUGGUCUAUAGGGAAAAUGCAGUCUGGGAUGUUUGCUGUCGGUCUUGAGAAUAUGUUUGCCACAGAAAUGAGACAAUCGAACAUUACUGGCAAUGUUUCCUUGAAAACCCAGUCAAUGGUGCAUAGAAUGAAUUGCAUCAUUAGUGAGGGACUAUUAAAUAAAUGAAAAUGGCCUGUUUUAGAGGAAUAGUCACACAGUACAACUGGCAUUCACAUCUGUGAAUCUUUAUUCGAUUAUGAUUUUCUUUUGUGCUGUGGUUCAUUCGAAUGUAUCACAUAAAGGGCUUCAUAUAAUGGAUGGAAAACUGCACACUCGUAAAUGUCAGCGCUUAUGAGUACACUAAACUACACUGGUCUUCAGUCAGUAGCAUAACCACGUUUGAGGACUUUGAAAAAAGGACAUUGAGAAUGUGGUCUGAGGUCAUUUUUAUAUGCCAGCAAAUUCAUGUUUUGAGAAGUGUGGGAUAUAGAGUUAUUUGUGAUUUGCUGCUUGUUAUGACUAGCGCAAAUAGGAGGCAGCUAGGCUCACUUUGCCUUAAAGGGAUAGUUUAUAAAAACUGAAAAUUCUGUCAUCAUUUACACACACUCAUGUCAUGCCGUAUGAGAAGAUAUGUAGGUAGUAAGAUGCAUGUAGAAUGACAGCCAGAUAAGUUCAGAGUUUUUGGACUCCACUGACUUUCAUUCAAAACAGUAAUUAAAAAUGGCUUUUUUUAGCAAAAGAAAAUCAUACUUCAUGACAAAACUUUCAUUUUUGGGUGAACUAUCCCUUUAGGCAGAAAUUUGCUUGA